CCGACAAAAGUCUGCAACAGUAGACUGAAAACUGUUCAAGUUGGAUGGAUAACUGCUUUUACUUGAAAAUAAUUACUGCGUGCGAUUAUCAAUGAUCCAGUAGUGCCUAUCUUUCUCAAAGAAGCAUUUUACUUCAUAAUUAGAUAAACGUUCAAAAUGAUUCGUGACAGGAUGUUAGGUUUUUCACUGGCGUUUAUUGCGCUCUGUGCAUUCAUAAAUAGUACUCAUGGUGUGGCUGUCAUGAGCAUUGACAUCGGCAGCGAAUGGAUGAAAGUUGCCAUCGUAUCACCUGGAGUUCCAAUGGAAAUUGCAUUAAACAAAGAGUCUAAAAGAAAAACUCCGGUAACAAUCGCAUUUAGAAAUGAAGAGCGUACUUUUGGAGAAGAUGCACAAGUCGUUGCUGUAAGAUUUCCCAAAAACAGCUAUUCCUACAUCUUGGAUCUCUUAGGAAAACCAAUCGACCAUCCUUUGGUUCAACUGUACCAAAAAAGAUUUCCGUACUAUGAUAUCGUAGCUGAUGAUGAGCGUGGGACAAUUAUUUUUAAGCAUGAUGAGGAAACUUCUUACACACCGGAAGAAUUGCUAGCACAAUUUUUACACAAAGGCAAAGAAUUUGCUGAAACCUCUGCUGGACAAAAAAUUAACGAAGCUGUGAUUACAGUGCCUGGAUUUUUUAAUCAGGCUGAAAGAAAAGCUUUACUACAAGCAGCCGAUCUAGCUGGUCUAAAAGUGUUGCAGCUUAUUAAUGAUUAUACAGCAGUGGCAUUGAAUUACGGAAUAUUUAGACGGAAAGAGAUUAAUGAGACGACUCAGUAUAUCAUGUUUUUUGAUAUGGGAGCCAGCAGUACGACUGCAACUGUUGUCGGUUAUCAAAAUGUUAAAACAAAAGAAAAAGGAUUUGUGGAAACCAAUCCUCAAGUCAGCAUUUUGGGCGUUGGUUACGAUAGAACACUUGGAGGGCUUGAAAUGCAAAUUAGAUUGCAAAACUAUUUGGCUCAAGAGUUUGAUGCACUGAAGAAGACCCCAAACUCUGUGUUCAAUAGCCCACGGGCAAUGGCAAAGCUUUUUAAAGAAGCUGGGCGUGUAAAGAAUGUUUUGAGCGCCAAUGCUGAUCACUACGCACAAGUGGAAGGAUUAUUAGAUGAGAAAGACUUCCGCCUGCAAGUCACCAGAGAAAAACUGGAGGAGCUAUGCGCUGAUUUGUUCGAACGUGUUGCUAAUCCAAUUAAAAUUGCCCUGGAAACUUCAGCAUUAACCAUGGAUAUUAUCUCGCAAGUUGUACUAGUUGGAGCUGGUACUCGGGUGCCCAAAGUUCAAGAAAAACUAACAGAAUUUGUGAACAUUGAGUUGUCCAAAAACAUUAAUACAGACGAAGCUGCUGCCAUGGGUGCAGUUUAUAAAGCUGCUGACCUGAGUCAAGGCUUCAAAGUAAAAAAAUUCAUCACUAAAGAUGCAGUAUUGUUCCCUAUCCAAAUCGUCUUUGACAGAACCGUUGAUGGGACAACCAAACGGGUACGACGAAUGCUGUUCAACAGAAUGAAUGCCUAUCCACAGAAAAAAAUUAUCACUUUCAAUAAACAUACCGACGACUUUGAAUUCAGCGUGAAUUAUGCUGAAUUAGACUAUCUGCCAGCGCAUGAAGUCGCGGCUGUUGGCAACUCGAAUUUGUCGACAAUAUCUCUCACAGGUAUAGCCGAUGCUUUGAAUAAGCACACAGAUGAAGGUACAGAGAGCAAAGGAAUCAAAGCUCAUUUCGCAAUGGACGACAGUGGAGUACUAAAUUUGGUUAACGUCGAGUUGGUCUUUGAGAAAAUUGUUGUUGCAGCUGAAGAAGAAGAGGGUACUUUUUCAAAGCUUGGCUCCACUAUAAGUAAACUGUUUGCAGGAUCUGACGACAAAGAGCCAGCAGAAAAAGUUGAAGAGCCACUGAAAGAAGACAUAAAACCGAUUCACGAAGAACCAGAAUAUCCUGGUUUGAAAAAAGAAGCUGAUGCAAGUGCAGAAAAAGUGAAUAAGACAAAAUCAACUGAGAGUAAACAAAGUAACAAGACUGAGAACGUAGAAAAAGAUAAGAAACCCAGCCUAGUUACUUUAAAGGAGCCAAUUCCAGCUGCUGAAAAUAAAUUAGGACCAAGAACCUUGGAUGGAGAGAGACUUGCACAGUCUGUUAAGAAAAUCGAAGCCCUUAACCAUCAUGACCUUGAAAGAACUCGCCGCGAAGGUGCCCUGAAUAAUCUCGAAGCAUUUGUCAUUGAUGCUCAACAGAAACUAGAAUUACCAGAAUAUUCAGCAGCAGUAACAUCUGAAGAAUCUGAAAAGAUUUCCAAGGCAUGCUCUACGAUCUCUGACUGGCUUUAUGAAGACGGAUUUGAUGCAGAUGCGGAUACUUAUGAACAAAAAUUGGCUGAGUUGAAAGGGUUAACUAAUGAUUUAUACAUAAGAGUGUUUGAACACCGAGAACGACCAGAGGCUCUGAAAGGAAUGGUUUCCAUGAUCGAAGGCAGCACUACAUUCCUUCACAAGAUGAGUAACGUGACUACCAGCAGUGAAAUUUUCACCACAGUCGAGCUGGAAACCCUUGAAAAAACGAUUACCGAAACACAGGAAUGGUAUGACAAGAUUGUAAAGGAACUAGAAGAUGUGCCACUACACGAACCAGUAAAAUAUACUGUCAGAGAUAUUGCAAACAAGAUGGCAAUUUUAGACAGAGAAGUAAAAUACUUGGUAAACAAAGCUAAAAUUUGGAGACCCAAGCCAAAAGAGGAGUCAGCUAAAAAUAAAACAUCCGAAACUUCGGAUGAGGGAACAAUAGAAACACCUGAUGGUUCGGAAAGUCCUGAAGUUUCGACUUCUCAAGACGAAGCUCCUGUAAAAAUCGAGGAACAGGAAAAUGAAAGAGAAGAAGCUAUUGUAGAGGAAGUAAAGGAUAAUAAUGAUGAAAGCAUCGAUGAAAAAAUUUCACAGAAUAUCACUGAAAACAUACCACAAUUACCAGAGUCUGAUACGACAGAGACUACCGAGAAACCUAGCCAGGAAGGCUCACACCAAGAACUAUAAGUAAAAAUGUAUUUAAAUAUGUAUGAAUUUUAAGUAAUGUUUGAAUGAUGUGUGUGUUAGCCAAUUAUCCAUUACCUGAACUUUUCAUUCAACUAUACGUCAAUUCUUCGACAUUCAUGUCGAAGAUCAUCUAAUACUCUGUUAGAACAUGGAACACAAUAUACUGGAACUGAGUUUUUAAAUAAGAGGCUUGCAAAGAUGGUUCUGAAUAAACUUGCGGUAAUAAUUACUUCUGAAGAUGAUGAAAAGUGGUUUGUCGUUGAAUUCGUGUUAAUUAUUACCUCGCGAGCAGGCUGGACUGUUGUAGCUUGAUCUUUCGUGUUGAAGCCGACAUUAUUCCAUGUUAAUUCAGAGUAGAAAUAUUUUUCUCGUUUUUAGAGCAUUUCUUUGACAUCUUGCAUAAUCUGUUUGAUAAUAAUUCUUUGUCCCCACAUUCUAGGAGUUGCUAUUGAUUCAUUAUUAUUUUGUAUAAUUUUUAAUUACGAACAGACUAUUGUAAAUUGGUGGAAGCUGGAAUUGCUUGUGAGUUAUUUUUCGGAAUCUAAAAAAAAUCUUAGAGAAUCUGGAGAUUUCGGUGCUAGUAAACGUGGUGGAAUAUCACAUCUAGAUCGAAUUAUGGUAGCAAUUGGAGUGAUGAAAUAUAAAGUUGAUCACCUUAACUUAAGUUCAUAACUUGUGAAAAUGGCAGCACAUUCAUAGUAAUAAAGGACAGUGCUGUGCUCUUAUAUUUUUCAAAUACUAAACGUUGGGCACACGCAAUUUGAGAUUGGCAUUGUAUAAUCUGAAAUAAUUUCAAUACUACGCUCACACUUCGGUAUUCGUAGUCAUUUAUAUAAUACAUCAUUCCAGUUAAUAUAGAGUAAGAAAUUGCCGUAGGUAUAAUAAAAUCAAUGUAGUUAUGAAGUUCUAAACAUCGCGAUACCAAGGAUUGUUAAUAAUUACUGCAAUAUAAUUUAUCUGUAUUAUUUGAUAAUGGAAUCAGUCGUAACCUUAUGUAUAGCAUCUCAAGAAUUACAUUACCCAUCACCCAUUCAUUCAGCAACUAUAGCAUUUGAACAAUACCAACAACCACAGUACUAUGCAGUUGUACUGGUUCACUUCAUUCCAUUAUAAAUUUAUCCAUAAUAUUAACGAUGAGAUGUGUUAUUUAUUGAUUUGGGUGAAUAAAAUGUAUUUGUUAGAAAA